AGUCUACUCAGGGACGUUGACAGAUCAACGUCGUAUUCCACAGACUAUACCCCUCAUACAUGACAUUGCAUGCUAAACGCGAGUGAGUGUAUGUGAACUUUAUAUUAACUGUGUGCAACCCUGUAGAAAAGACCUGGUAAUCAGGAGCCCGCCACCUGUUGUAUUCAUCAUACGUAUGCAUGUGAAACUACGGUAUUGAGUUCGAGUAAAAUAGAAAUGUAUUUUAACAAAUAUUUGAUAAAGCUGGCAGACUACUUUCGAUUACAUACAUCUCGUUAAAUAUAUUGAAGGUUAAAUAAAUCGAAAUGACUUUCAAAACAUUAAUUACAAAUUUGUUUUUAUGUUUUUGUAUAUCGGCCGUGUCAUGCCGAUCAUGGGCGAAUCAUCACGAUACAACCACAUCCACUACGCAAACUACACCUACGACUAGCCCUUUACCGAAGAACUUUCACAAUGAUCCUCUUAUCGUUGAGACAAAGAGUGGUCUCGUUAAAGGUUAUGCCAAGACUGUGAUGGGCCGUGAAGUACAUAUUUUUACAGGAAUUCCUUUUGCAAAGCCUCCUUUGGGCCCCUUGAGAUUUAGAAAGCCUGUUCCUAUUGAUCCCUGGCAUGGUGUACUUGAAGCUACAGCUAUGCCAAAUAGUUGUUAUCAAGAAAGAUAUGAAUAUUUCCCUGGAUUUGAGGGUGAAGAAAUGUGGAAUCCAAAUACUAAUAUAUCAGAAGACUGCCUUUACCUAAACAUAUGGGUUCCACAACAUUUAAGGGUCCGACAUCAUCAAGAUAAGUCUCUUACAGAAAGGCCUAAAGUGCCUAUACUAGUAUGGAUUUAUGGUGGAGGUUACAUGAGUGGAACGGCUACACUUGACCUGUAUAAAGCAGACAUAAUGGCUUCAUCAAGUGAUGUUAUAGUAGCGUCGAUGCAAUAUAGGGUAGGAGCAUUUGGAUUUUUGUAUUUAAAUAAAUAUUUUUCUCCUGGAAGUGAAGAAGCUCCUGGUAACAUGGGUCUUUGGGAUCAGCAGCUAGCAAUUCGUUGGAUAAAAGAUAAUGCGCGAGCUUUUGGAGGAGAUCCUGAAUUAAUUACCUUAUUUGGUGAGUCAGCUGGUGGAGGAAGCGUAAGCUUGCAUAUGCUGUCACCGGAAAUGAAAGGAUUAUUUAAAAGAGGAAUAUUACAGUCAGGUACUUUGAACGCACCAUGGAGUUGGAUGACAGGAGAGAGGGCGCAAGAUAUUGGAAAAGUUUUAGUAGAUGAUUGCAACUGUAAUAGCAGCCUUUUAGGUGUUGAUCCAAGCUUAGUAAUGGAUUGCAUGAGGGGUGUUGACGCAAAAACGAUCUCCGUACAACAGUGGAACUCUUAUACUGGCAUCCUUGGUUUCCCCUCAGCUCCAACUGUUGACGGUAUAUUUCUGCCAAAGGACCCUGAUACUAUGAUGAAGGAGGGACAUUUUCACAAUACAGAAGUUCUCCUAGGAAGCAACCAAGACGAGGGAACGUAUUUUCUGCUUUACGACUUCCUCGAUUACUUUGAAAAGGAUGGACCGAGUUUUCUGCAAAGAGAAAAAUUCUUGGAAAUUAUAGACACGAUAUUCAAAGAGUUCUCUAAAAUCAAGCGAGAGGCGAUAGUCUUUCAGUACACGGACUGGGAGGAGAUCACGGAUGGAUACUUGAACCAGAAGAUGAUUGCGGACGUCGUAGGCGACUAUUUCUUCGUAUGUCCCACGAACUACUUUGCUGAGGUGUUGGCAGAUUCCGGAGUCGACGUAUAUUAUUACUAUUUUACACACCGUACAAGCACCAGUCUUUGGGGCGAAUGGAUGGGCGUGAUGCACGGUGAUGAAAUGGAAUACGUUUUCGGACAUCCUUUGAAUAUGUCAUUACAGUACCACACUCGAGAGCGUGAUCUGGCUUCUCACAUCAUGCAAUCUUUUACAAGAUUCGCUUUGACUGGGAAACCGCACAAGCCCGAUGAGAAAUGGCCGCUGUAUUCGCGGUCAUCGCCCCACUACUACACAUAUACAGCUGACGGUACAAGCGGUCCAGCGGGACCGCGCGGCCCACGAGCGUCUGCCUGUGCUUUCUGGAACGAUUUCCUGAACAAGCUUAGUGAAUUGGAGCACGCCCCGUGCGAUGGAGCUGUCACAGGGCCCUAUUCAAGCGUUGCUGGUACCACUCUACCUAUCAUUCUUCUCACAGCGCUGGCGACUACGGUGGCACUAUAAAUUAUUCCAAACUUAAAAAUUUAAUUUACAAACAAAUAUUGAUGAUCACAAUUAUUCUAAUAAUUCAGAUCAAAUAUUAAUUUAUUCGUAAUGCAA